AGAAAAAGAAAAAAGAUCGAAAUUUGGAGAAUCCUGCUUUCAACUUUCCUGAAUUCCAGAAGCGCAGAGAUGCAGAGACAAGACGCUUCGGCUCUGCCGUUCCGAUCAAGACUCAUCGACUUCCUAAUCCAAUCCGCCGAGCGGCUCCAACUUUCUCCGACCGAGAAGUACACCGCCUUGUCAAUCUUCGCUCAUAGAUUCUACCCGCGUUUCAUAUCCAAGUUGGAACAGGGGAAUGACAUGGGAAGCUGGCUCUUGCAGCCCUUGAGAGAGAGCAAUCUGCAGCUAUUUGCCCUUGUUUCGCUAUGGAUUUCAAACAAAAUACACUCUUCUCCUGCAUUGUCAGUGAAGAUAUUCAAGUCAUUGGGAGAUAAAAGUAUCAAUGAGCAACACUUUACCAUUCGAGAUUAUUCUGAGGCGGAGAGGGUGUUAAUGCAGGUAGUGAAUUUUGAGAUCUGUGUCGAAAAUGUUGCUUUCGUAUACUUUGAAGAGCUUUUAUUUCAAUUCAAGGGAGUGGCAAAGAUUGGGGUACUAGUGAACUUUGAAGCAGGCAUGGACAUCAUGGAUCUACUUUAUGAAAAGGAGGAGACAACAAUGCUAUAUGCUAAUCCUCGUUUUCUCGCUGCAUCAGUCUUGGUUGCUUCAUAUGUCACUACAGUUCCCAAACAGAAGUUGGAAUUCCCGGUUCUUCCCUGGGUUAAGUUUGUAACCGGAUGCGAAGAAGAGGAUAUUGUGGAGAUGGUCGGAGAAAUUCUUAAGCAUGUAUUCCAUCUUUCUUGCUGA